AUGUGGCUGCAGCAGCGGCUGAAGGGGCUGCCGGGGCUGCUCUCCAGCAGCUGGGCGCGGCGCCUGCUGCUGCUGCUGGUGCUGUUGCUCGUCGCCUACUGGUACCUGGGCGCGGCGAGGGUGCGGGGCCUGGGGCGCGGGGCCGAGCCCCGGGGACCCGCCGCCCUCUGCGUUCAGGCGGCCGCGGGCGCCUGGCGGGCGCAGACCCAGCGCGGCGAUGCGCUUCCUCUGCCUGAGGAAGCGGCCGGGGCCGGCGGGGCCCCGGGGCUGGCAGUGGCGGGCAACGGGUUCCUGCUGCUGGACGUGUCCGCCGGGCGGCUCUGGGUGCGGCCCGCGGGGGCCGGCGGGGGCCCGGCGCUCGCCACCGAGUACCCGGCGCUGGUGCGGCUGAGGGCGCUGGGCGGGCGCGGCGAGGCGCGGGCGGCGCUGGCGGCGCUGCGGGACGGGGCCGUGCGGAGGGUGCGGUGCGUCCAGACGGGGCCCGGGGCCAGCGCCGGGGACUGUGUGACGGUGCGGGAGGAGGUGGUGGCACACCGGAGCCGGCCGCAUCUCUACCUGCAGCGCAUCCGCAUCGCCAACCCCACCGAGAGGGUGGCCGCCUUCGAGGCCUCGGCCCCCGCCGCGUCUGCGCUGGGCGGGCGCUUCGCCACCACUCUGGAGAAGGUGGAGGAGCGGCAGUUCUUGCUCUCCUCCGGCCGUCUGCCGCUGCCCGGCAGCCCCAAGAUGGUGCUGGUGGUGGUGGCUGCCAAGAAGCUCGUGAGCCGGGUGCAGGUCGCGCCCAAGUCGCACUUUGAUGAGACUGUGCUCUCCGUGGUGUACACCUCGGAGCCCAUCGAGGUCUCCAGGCUGGAGGAGACCUUCAGCAAGCUGAGGGAGGCAGCCAAGAAAGAGAUGUUGGAGGUGAUGCAGAUGGGGGUGGAAGAUCUUUUCCAGGAGCACCAGCAGACCUGGUCUGACUUGUUCAUUUCGGGGAUUGAAAUGAGAAAGAUCACAGAUGCACAUACCCCAUCCAGUGAGACUGUCAACAUGACCCUCUACUAUGUGCUGUCAACUGUGCCAGCCCCCCUGCUAGACCCCCUGAUCAGUGGUGAGGACAGGGAGAAGAUUGAAGCCAGCCUGAACUAUGCUGACCACUGCUUCAGUGGCCACGCGACCAUGCACGCCCAGAACCUGUGGCCACCAAAGCUGACCAGUGUCACCCAGAUCCUGCAGCUCUCAGACCUGUGGAAGCUGACACUCCAGAAACGGGGAUGCAAGGGUCUUGUGACAGCUGGGGUCCAUGGGCUCAUGCAGGGAAUGGUGCUUAGUUUUGGGGGUCUGCAGUUCACAGAAAACCAUCUUCAGUUUCAGGCUGAUCCUGACGUACUUCAUAACAGCUAUUCCUUACGUGGGAUCCAUUACAACAAGGACUUGAUCAAUUUAGCUGUUCUCCUGGAUGCUGAAGGAAAGCCCUUCUUGCAUGUGUCUGUGAAAUUCCAGGACAAGCCUGUCAGGCUGUAUGCCUGUGAGGCAGGCUGUAUGAACGAGCCCGUGGAGCUGACCUCAGAGGCACGAGGUCACACCUUCCCUGUCAUGGUGACUCAACCCAUCACACCACUGCUUUAUAUAUCAACAGAUCUGGUCCACUUGCAGGACCUAAGACACACACUCCACCUAAAAGCUAUUCUGGCUCAUGAGGAGCACAUGGCCAAGCAAUACCCAGGCUUACCCUUCCUGUUCUGGUUCAGUGUGGCCUCCUUAAUUACUUUGUUUCACUUGUUUCUGUUCAAACUCAUCUACAACGAAUAUUGUGGGCCGGGAGCCAAGCCACUCUUCAGGAGUAAGGUAUAAGGCUGCUGCUUUUGGCUGCUAUCCAUUGAGUGUUGUCAGCUGUGCAUGGGCAGGCUCUGUCUUGGACUGUGAUGUUUUUCAGUCUCUCUUGAAACAAGCGAUCUGUCACCUCUUCUUGCAAGGAGGAUUAGGGCAGGGAUUGGAGCAGUAGGGCUCACACUUGUUAGGAAAGAUAAACUCAUAGCCUGUCCUUAGAUAUUUGUGAGGCUGCAGGUGGAGGCAAACACAGCUUUCUGUCCUUUUUCCACACAUCAGUGUAGGACAUUGCUUGCUGCUAUGCCAGCAGUUGCAUUUGUAAUGAGAUGAUGCUUCUUGUUAUUCAGUACCAGAAGGGAUGUGAGAGAACUGCUGUACUUGUGUGUGCUGCUGUGUGGAGACCUGCACACCUGCCUGCCUGCUCUGAACGUGUGAAGUGGCACACAGGAACACCCAAAGGCAGGCUGGAGUUCUGAGGUGAAGGUGCCUACUUGCUGGGACUCGUGGUACAUGUUCCUGUUAUGGACACUGGGCAGUCCUCCAUCAAACCACACUUAGCACCAUCAUUUUGGGAAGAUGCUGAAUUGGGAAGAUGUCUGGUGUUUCUCCCAGUCAGACAAAAUACAAAGCCGUGUCAGGAAAGUACUGAGUGCUUUUUACUGUGAGUUCAAGGUUCUGGCUCCAAGCUCUCAUGCAUCUUACCUGGGUGUAAAGAAUUUCAAGUUGUUUUGAGUUGCCUUGGAAAACUUAUUUGCUGUAAAAACUUAGCACAGAAUAGACAGUAGAUGGUGUGUUCUGCUCUUAGUACUGGGACUUUCUGACUGUGUGUUGAUAUGAAGUGGGUAUGCAAGACCAGACUGGAUUUGCUGUGUGAGCUAGUUGUGCUAUUCUGAGUCUUCCCUCCUGAGGGCUGAAGAGAGUUAAAUGUAGGUUUUGUUUUAAAAAAAGGAGAUGAUAGUUAAACAGCUGUCAGAGGAAAAGUUCUAGCUAUAGGUUGUACUGUUAUUCCAAAUUAUAAAAUCAAAUUCAAUUUUGGAUAGCUAAGGCUGAACAGAAGGUAUUGAACUAAACUUGACAGUUGGUGUGUAAGGGCUGUUUAAAGUGAGCUGGAAAUUUCCCUGUCAGCUCACUGGUUUUGUCAUUUUAAGCACUGGAGAUCAAGCCUGAUCCCAAGCAGGUCUGAAUACCUGUGAUCCAAUGAAAGAUUGAGUGGGAGGUGUUUGUAGCCAGACAAACUAACCUAGGAAGAGGUAG